AACUCUCUCCGUAUGACGCAAUAGCCGCGCGACGGACGUGUAGCUGAGAGCGCAGACCUGCGGUGAUCCGGCUCAGCGCGUCCCCCUCCGUGUGCACUCCCGAGUCCGACCGAUCCGGAUUCUGCUGUCGGUCGGAAUCCUGUUUGUGUUUAAGCGUUAGUGUUUUCCUGUGAACCGGAAGACGUCAGGAAGCAGCGUUGGCGGGGAGGUGACACCUGGCCGCUCCUCACCUGAUCACUUCAUUCAAUGAGCUUUCACAGCGGCUAGCUUUGUUUUGGUUCGGCAGCCGGACGGGAUCAAACCCAGCCAGCGUUCACACGGAAAGAGCGGGACUGACAUUCGCAUAAAUCUGCAGGUUCACGGUAAGUUAACGGUGACGAGCUGGCGCAGGUCGUGGGUUGUCCGUGGAUAAUGCGAGACAGUGGCGGUAGCCUGGCCCAGAACCGCUGGCAGGGAGACCUAGGUCUGACUGCUGUGGGGCAGGAUGACACAGGAGGAGGUGGGAUUCCUGGAGACCACCUGAUCCCAGUGUCAGGACACAGUGUACCCAGCCCCAUGCACCUCAGGCUGGGGCAGAAGGAGAAGGUGUGGACAGGAGAAUAUGUAGAGGAAGAGGAGGAGGAGGAGGAGGAUGGGAUGGGUAGGAUUGAGGCAAUAGGCGACGAAGAAGAAGAAAACAAUCUGGACGGUGAGGACGAGGGUGAGUUUGAGGGAAAGGGUUGGGAUAACAAUGAGGAGGAAGAAGAAGACGAAGAAGAAGAGGAGGAAGAAGAAGAGGAGGAGGAGGAGGAGUUGGAUGGGGAAGGAGAUCAGGACGAGGUGGAGUGGGACAUCCCACGCUUGCCCUCCCAGUUCACCCAGUUCCCUCAUUCACAACAGCACCAACAUUAUGGACCACAACAGAAGGCAGAAGAAGGCGGUGACGUCUCUGUAGAGGAUACGGUCUCCCAGGCCGAAGCAGGGGACUUGUUCAAGUCCCACCUCAGCAGGUACCGGGCUCUGAGGAGGCUCAGGCGCUGGCAGCGUUUGCGAUCCCCUGGAGGCCUUGGAUUUCGGCUCACCCAGCACUGGAAGAGCUGGCGCCAGCGGGCCCAGUGGGUAUGCUCCCAAGGGCACCGGUGGAACCGGAGAGGGCAAAGGUACAGUCUGUACGGCAAGCAGAGGAGGAUAAAAAGAUAUCAGCAUUCAUCGUACACCGAUGGAGAGGAUGACAGCAACGAUGAGAGGCUCACAGAGUCAGAGAGAGACAAUCAGAUAAAUGGCUGCUCUCUAGACAAGCAAGAGGACAGAGGGCGACGGGAAGUGGAGGUCAAACCAGCAGAGCUGGCCCUCACUGAGGAACAUAUGAGCUGUGUGACAGGUAUUCUUGAAGAGUCUCUACAGCAGUACGGCAGUUUGAUCCCCAUCCAUGUGGAUGACAUCGUGGAGAAGCUUCAGGACAUCUUCAGUGAGAGCUUCUCACAGCCACACAGGAAAGCAGUGGUGCAGCACCUAAUACAAUCCUUCCAGCGCUCGUCAGGAUCCGCCCUGGCUAAAACAUUCAGGGUCAACUACAAACGCCACGUCCUGACCAUGGACGACCUCGGCACUCUGUACGGACAGAACUGGCUCAACGACCAGGUUAUGAACAUGUAUGGUGACCUGGUCAUGGACUCUGUGCCAGAAAAGGUUCACUUUUUCAACAGCUUCUUUUAUGAUAAACUAAGGACAAAAGGCUAUGAAGGAGUCAAGCGGUGGACGAAAAAUGUCGACAUCUUUCAGAAGGAUCUGCUAUUGAUCCCCAUCCAUCUGGAGGUCCACUGGUCGCUGGUCUGUGUUGACAUUCCUCGUAGAGCCAUCACUUACUUUGACUCCCAGCGGACCCUCAACAGACGCUGCCCAAAGCACAUUUUUAAGUAUCUGCAAGCAGAGGCCAUCAAAAAAGGCCGACAAGACUUCUUGACGGGAUGGAAAGGCUUUUUCAAAAUGAAUGUGGGGCGUCAAAACAACGACAGUGACUGUGGGGCUUUUGUGCUACAGUACUGCAAGUGUCUGGCACUAGGGCAGCCAUUCAUCUUUGGCCAACAGGAUAUGCCCCGGCUGAGGAGGCAAAUGUACAAAGAACUCUGUCACUGCAAGCUCACCCUGUGACCCACACCCUUAACCCCAGCCUGCCAUUACCACCUGCUCCCACCCCUUACCCCAACAAGAUGGAGGGACAAUGAUAUAACAAGACGAGGACAAGGGGAGCAAAUGAUUGACUGGAAAAGAAGAGAAACUUUUCAAAAACUUUUAUUUUUCUCUGCCAACAUCCAGAGAAAGUACUUCUUCUAUUGUAGGUGAUGUCAUUGUUUCACUUUGUUUUGUCUCUCUUUGCUUCCUUCUCUCCACCCUCGAUUCCCCGCUGAUUUCAUUUCCAUGUCAUGGUUAUUCCUUUGUGGUUGACAGAGGCCAAGACUAGCUUCCGUUUUGGGAAUGUGCUAAUCUUCCAUCCUAUCGUAGUCCACUUGUGUUUUUUCAGUCUGAAUGGAAGCAUGAAGAAGAUCAUGAAGAUAAUCUAAAGAAUCCAGUCCAGAUGAAGGUUUGGACCACCAGUUAGUCAAACCUAACUGAUCCUUUCAUGUAAGAUGCCUAAACACUGCAGAGAGUGCAGAGGUGUCGUGGGUGUACAGCAAAAUGAUUUGAACCAGUCUGUGUAAGCUUGUGGUUAAAUAGUGACAGUGGAUUGUCAUGCCUUCCAUCCAUCCAGUCCAUACAGUAUAAUGUGUUCCAUUCUAAAUGUCAGAAUUGUGAAACUCUCAUACACACUCCCCCAGCCAAUGUUAUGUUGAUGAUGCUAUCUAUCUAGUUGGCACGUCUGACGCUGCAGUGCGAUGUGACAUUUCCAAUAUAUAAUAUUUGUUUCACGGUUUCCUACAUGAUGUAUAGACGGAUCUAAAGCGAUGCUCAAGAUUGAACUUAGAGUGCAUAGUUGAGGCUGCCAUGUUGACAUCAGAAGACACCGUUCCAGUGUGUGAAGAGCCAUUUGAGUGCAUUUCAGACUUCACACACCUUUUGGAACAUACCACAUAUUCACCUCCCCUGUGCCAGAAACUUCCUCUGCCCCCCCAUCACUCUAUCCAGUCAUCCAAAUAGAACAACAUGUGGGAGACUGAGUCUGUGGAUCAGUGCCCAAACAAGCCAGAGUUACAUAUUGGCCUAAAGAAGGGGUAUCUUUGCAUUACAUUUAUCUUUUUCUGUGUUUUAUCUGUCAGUAAAUGUGUUGAUAUGCUUAUUGCUUUAAACAAAUUGUGUUAAAAGGAGGACUACUAAUUUGUGUUAUUUUCGGAGCGAGUUCAGAAGAGGCCCGACAGUUAGUGUUUCUUUGAAAGUUCGAGAGCCAUUUUGGUGAUGGACCACGAUGCUACACAACAGAUCCAGUAUGUCCACAGUGGAGUUACAGUACCACCUUCUUCUUUUUAUAACGAAGACUAAUUUGUUGAUAGCUGUGUGUUUUUGAUGGUUUUUUUUUUCUUUCUUUCUUUUUUUUCAAACAGGAGUUGCAACAGAGUUGACAGUUUUAUAUAUCUUCUACAACGCAUUAUGGUUGCUAAAAAUAAAAAUACACUGCAAACAA